UUUAUUUCAUGGAACGCCCUCCCCCGGAUCUUGGCGGGGAGGAUGGUUGUUUUGUUUCCAGGAGUGUUGCGCAACAGUGGAUCUGCAAUUGCUAUUGACCCCAAAAUAGCAGCUGAGAGGUAGAAGAACAGCGAGAAGACACGAUGUCGAAUUUUGGACGCUCACUGGAAAGCGCACGCAGGUCUCCAGAUGCGCCCCGGAAGAGAUCACAGGACUGGGAGCUCUCAGACACAAACCCUUGCGCGUCAGACCAUCUCGGGAUUUACAGCGCCAAGUCGGUUUCUCAACGGGCACCCCAAGUGUAUCUUCAACCGUACUUACUUCAGUCCCGCAUGUCGGGGCUCACGUACGGCAGCGGAGGCCACUCAGUCGUCACUCACGCCUGUAUCCAAGGACGCGUCUACAACUUUUUGGAAAGGCCCUCCGGCUGGAAGUGCUUCCUUUAUCACUUGACUGUCUUCCUCAUAAUUCUUGGUUUCCUGAUCCUCAACAUUUUGUCAACCAUCCCCCUGUAUUCAACAUUGGCUCUCUCAAUUCUCUUCUGGGUGGAGAUUUUCCUUGUGGUCUUCUUAGGGGUGGAAUAUGUUGUCCGGCUUUGGUCGGCAGGUUGCCAAAGUAUAUAUGUUGGCUUCUGUGGACGACUACGAUUUGCAAGACAGCCAAUAAUUAUUAUAGAUCUGAUAGUUGUGGUUUUCUCCGUAAUAUUGCUAACGGCUGGUUCCAACGGGCAGGUGUUUGCAACCUCUGCUGUUAGGGGGAUCCGUUUCCUGCAGAUACUGUGUAUGUUCCACGUAGACCGCCAGGGAGGGACAUGGCGUCUCCUGGGGUCUGUUGUCUAUGCCCAUCGCAAGGAACUGAUCACAACUCUUUAUAUUGGCUUUCUUAGCCUAAUCUUCGCCUCAUACUUUGUCUACCUGGCAGAAAGAGAAAGCAACAACUUCGAAACCUAUGCUGAUUCCCUGUGGUGGGGAGUGAUAACAUUGACGACCAUUGGUUAUGGAGACCUCGUACCUCAGACGUGGCUUGGAAAGAUCAUCGCAUCUUGUUUCUCUGUCUUUGCCAUAUGCUUCUUUGCACUCCCUGCAGGAAUUUUAGGCUCAGGCUUUGCACUGGAGGUUCAGCAGAAACAAAGACGGAAACAUUUUAAGAGACAAAUUCCUGCUGCUGCUCGUCUCAUUCAGACAUCAUGGAGAUGGUUAGCAGUGGAAAACUGUGAUUCAGCCACAUUUAAGAUGUUCUUGACAAAGAGAUCCAACACUAACUCCUCACUAUUGACCCCAACGCCCAAGGAAUCGGCGAAGAAGUUGAACAAGCACAUCACUUCAAAUUUUCUCACAGUUCCUUGUAUCUCUGCGUUCGACAGUGAGAGCAACAACUUUUUGAGCAGCUCUGAUGCCAGCAGCAAUGUCGACCUUGAUGAAGGUCCGGCCCUUCUGGAUAGUCAUCCUCCCAAUGGCCAUAAGAGGAAUUGCAAUCUUCCGGAUGACCUGGAACAGGAGUCAGAGCGACACAGUUCACUGACUGCAGCUACCUCCAUAUCCCAACUAUCCGAGUCUCACAGACGAGCCAUCCGUGUGAUCCAGAAAAUGCGCUAUUAUGUGGCGAAGAGCAAAUUCCAGCAAGCUCGUAAACCAUAUGAAGUCCGAGAUGUGAUUGAACAAUACACCCAAGGUCACCUCAACCUAAUGGUGCAGAUCAAGGAGCUGCAGAGAAGACUUGACCAGUCAUUAGGGAUGCUAACUUUAUUCCAGACAGAAACAGUUAAAGACAAGAGAAGCGAUUCUAUUGGCUCCCGACUCAUGCAAAUGGAGGACAAGAUCUCACAAAUGGAUCUGAUGCUGAACCGCAUUGCAAACGCUCUCAGUAUUCUGCCAGAUCAGAGGGAUGACAGUAGGAGUGAGCGUCAAGGAAGACUGAAUCCACAGCCUUGCCACACUGGCAAUGUCAACUGCAGUCAGGAUGGUUUCCCAAGCUAUGAGCAGCUGCCAACAAAAUCAAAGAAUAGUACCUGAUCUAUCUAUCUAUCUAUCUAUCUAUCUAUCUAUCUAUCUAUCUAUCUAUCUAUCUAUCUAUCUAUCUAUCUAUCUAUCUAUCUAUCUAUCUAUCUAUCUAUCUAUCUAUCAUCUUGUAACUCAAUCGUGUAUCAAAACUGUAUCUAUACAUGGAUCUGUAUCGCUGUUCAGGAGAUAUUUUUUUUACAAUACUAACUUCUUUCAUUUGUUCAAUGACCUACCUUAAUGAUAGGACAAAAAAAUAAUAAUAUAUGGAAAGCGUUGGAACUAUAAAGCAUAAUUCCAGUGUACAUUACGUUACCUAAAAAUGUCCCCCACCCACUAAAAAAAAUUCUGAACAAGACUAAUAUACACAUAUACACACUGUAUUGAUAUAUAAACACUGACCAGAAAUUUAAACAGAGAAGGUGGGGGAGAGGGAGAGAGAAGGAGAGAGUGAGAGAGAGAGAGAGAAAGAGAGCAAGAGGCAGGACAACGUAUAAACUUGAUUUAAACAAGAUGAAAGAGCUUUUUUUUAAUGUGACACUAACAAGGGAAGGAAACCCGAUAUAGACUUUUAGUCUCAUGAAAUAUAGAAUAAUAAAGACCUUUUUAAAUGGUGAAUAGGUGUUCCCUCUUUCAUGAUCCAACUGAUCAAGUACUUCCUGGCUUUGUCAACAACUUCUCUUUCCACUUUUAAUUUUAACCAGAAUUUUGUACCCUUUGGGCCAGGGAUUCCAGCUUUUCACAGUAUUGAACAACUCGUAAAUUAGAUAAACAAAAUAAAAUACCAGGAUUAUGUGAAAUAAUCUUGUCCCGUAUGAUUCUAACAUACUUCUCUGUCACUCCAAACUUCCGCUAAUGAUGAGCAUGGCAGUUUUUUUGAUUGUCCUGAUUCACUAGAAUCAGUUCUUUCAAAAGAUGCUUUCACCGAAUUGCUCAGUUCUUUUUCAUAAAAUCAUUUAGCAGUUUCCUCAUUCUAUUCAUGAUCCAUCCCUGAUGUUCACUUUCACCAGAGGACUAUACAUUGUUGUCGUCAUGAAUUGUAAAGGAAGCGGGGAAAUAAAAAAUAAAAGUCAUCUAAAUUAUCACCUACCUAUUUCUCUCGCUCAGCAAGUUCUGAAACAGCCAGCCUAUGACAGAGUACCAAGAGAGGAACUGUGGUACUGUAUGUCUAGUGUGGCGAAGAAAUAUGUUAGAAUAGUACAGGACAAGUAUGAGGGCAGCAGAACAGUUGUGUGGUGUGCCAUAGGCGAAACAGAAGAAUUUAAGGUGAAGGUGGGAUUGCAUUAGGGAUCAGCUCUGAGCCCCUUCCUGUUUGCUGCGGUAAUGGAUAGGCUGACAGAUGAGGUUAGACUGGAAUCCCAUUGGACCAUGAUGUUCACAGAUGAUAUUGUGAUAAACAGUGAUAGCAGGGAACAGGCGGAGGAGCAAUUAGAAAGAUGGAGGCACGCACUAGAAAGGAGAGGAAUGAAGAUUAGCCGAAGUAAAACAGAAGAUAUGUGCAUGAAUGUGAGGGGCGGAGGAGGAAGAGUGAAGCUCCAGGGUGAUGAGAUAGCGAGGGUGGACGACUUCAAAUACUUGGGGGCAACAAUCCAGAGCAAUGGUGAGUGUGGUAAGGAAGUGAAGAACUGGGUCCAAGUGGGAUGGAACAGUUGGCGGAACGUGUCUGGUGUUGUAUGUGACAGAAGAGUAUCCAUUAGGAUGACGGGCAACGUUUAUAAAACAGUGGUGAGGGGGGCAAUGAUGUAUGGAUUAGAGACGGUGGCACUGAAGAAACAACAGGAAGCAGAACUGGAGGUGGCAGAAAUGAAGAUGCUGAGGUUCUCGCUCGGAGUGAGCAGGUUGGAUAGGAUUAGAAAUGAGCUCAUUAGAGGGACAGCCAAAGUUGGAUGUUUUGGAGACAAGGUUCGAGAGCGCAGACUUCGAUGAUUAACGGGACAACCCAAAAAGAAAAGAAGAUGCAGUGAGGUCGGCUACCAAACAUCCUUCCGCUUACAUCCAGCGAGUCUCUCAACAGCCUCCCACCUGGGCUUCCUCCUCAUUCACAUUAUUGUUGUUUUCUGAUUAGUGGAAAGUGUCUUUCAGUGUUAUAUUUAAUGCAUUAUUGUUCUUCUUAUUAUUAUUAUUAUAAAAUAAAAAAGGCUUUAAUAAUCACACGAGAGGCACAGAGGGAAUUUGUAUGUGUAUUUAUUGCUGACUAGCAAAGCAAAUUUAUUUGUAAAGCGCAUUUCAUACAACGAGGCAACACAAUGUGCUUUACAUGACUAAAUGCCUUUUUUAAAACAAAAAGAUAAAUCAUUUAAAAUGAGAUAAAAAGUCUCUUCCCCAUCUGCAUGGUGCUGUCUGACGUUGGCUUCUCAUUCUUCAUUAACCAAAGCAAGUGGUAAUGCUGGCAAAUUGAAAAUCACAUGACCGGAUGGUUGAUGAUGACCCGGCCCUGAAUGCGCGCUGGCUGUUUAAAAUUAGGACGUGAGUGACAGAACGCUUCACCAGUUUCGUACCCACUCCCAGGCGACUUGCCCGCCUCACAGUGGCAGGCGGUGGCCGAGCAAAAAAAGAACAGAUUAUUUCAUAAACGGAUUCUAUUCAGUUCAUUUACUAAAAAGAUUAAUUGUUCUGAACGGAUGAUUGGCGAAUGAUGCCACACUAACUUUCAAACGCAGUACAACAGUUCUUAGGGUGCUCUGUCAUAUGCUUUGCCUAUAGCUACAAAGACACGAUGUAGCUCCUUCUGAUCCUCUCUGUACUUUUCUGUUCACAUCCUCAGGGCAAAUAAUGCAUCUGUGGUACUCUUUCUAGGCAUGAAAUCAUACUGUUGCUUGCAAACACCCACAUCAGUCCUGAGUCUAGCCUCUACUACUAUUUCCAAUAACUUGAGUGUUGCUCAUUAACUUUAUUUCUCUUUAGCGCCCACAGCUAUGGACAUGACUGUUGUUUCUUAAAAAGGGAAAUCAGCACAAUUUUCCACCAUCACUUGGGCAUCUUAUCGCUUGCUAGAAUUCUGUUGAACAACCUAGUGAAAAGCUAUGAAGCCACCUCCCCAAGAUGCUUCCAUACCUCUUUGCAAUUGUCACCAGGGCCAAGUGUCUUUCCAUUUUUCAUCUUCUUUAAUGAAUUUCUAACUUCCCCCUUACUCAUCAUUCCUACUUUCUGGUCAACCACAUUUGCCUCUUCUACUCUUCCUUCUGUCUGAUUUUCCUCAUUCAUCAAAGCCUCGUAGUAUUUUUUCUAUAUAUCGAACACACUUGUGUCAACAGUCAACAUAUUUCCAUCUCCAUCCUUAAUUACCUUAAUCUGAUGCACAUCCUUCCCAUCUCUAUCCAGUGAUCUUUGUCCCCUUCCCAACCUGGCGUAUGUCAUCAAAUGCCUUGUUUCGCCUUUGCGACCUCUUCCUUGAUCCUACAACCCAUCUCCAUGUACAGGAUUCUCGUCUACUAUCCUCAAUCCUUUCAGUGUACCACUUCUUCUUAGCUAACCUGUCCUUGUAUGAUUUCCUGUACUUAGAGGUUCCACGACCAAGUUGUCACCUCUUCUUUCCUGCCAGAAGAUACACCAAGUACUUUCUUGCCUCUGAUCAAUUUCCUCUGUAGCAGAAGCUCCUUCUGUCCACAGAGAGACUGUCCCACCUCUUCCUGAAAAUCUGCACAACAUACUCCUUACUCAGCUUCCACCGCAUGGUUCACUGCUCUGCUUUUAUCUUCUUAAUCUUACACCCCCACCAGUACAGUCAUCCAACACACCCCCAUCCACCAGCACCUUUCUCCUAAAAACCAAUCUUUGGAUGCGUCCUACAGUUUGCAGUUCCUUGUGCCCCCUGUAAGGGUGCAUUUAUUAGAAGUAUAUAAUAAAGGAAUCAAAUGACCAACAACUAUGUAAGUUUCACAACUAAGUAAAAACAAAAUUGAUUAGAUCAAGAAUAUGUAGUAAAACAAUAUUUGAAUGUUGAAUUACCACAAUGAAUUUGACUGUGGUUUCACGGACUUACCCAAGGUCUCUCUGGGUACGUAGUACUACUGCCACAGAACAACUCAAUGUCUGUGCAGCAAAGGCCACCUACAUUUUACAAAAAGUCCGUAUGAUGAAGGGUUAUGCACAGAAUAAGAAUGUUAUUUUGGUUUUAACAGGGUAAAAAUAAAGCCAAUCUUUUAGCUCUACAAUGAUGAGGUUCUUCCUCAGUUUUUUGAUGAGACAAACGCACCGUUUGCUUACUCUCUUUUUCUCUGAUCUUUGUAUUCCUGCUCUCCUGUUCCAGACGCUAAACUUUGCCAGUGGUUCUAGUGUUUUUAUAAUAAGAGCAGAGGAACUCAAGGUGUAGGUGUGAUGACAGAAACAUGGAUAAAAAUAUUUCGAGCAAUUUUUAAAUCAAAGUGCUCACAGUUGUAAGGUACUGCCAAUCAUUCAUGAACUCAUCAUUAAUCCCACUGUCACUGUUGUGCAUAUGAGAAAUACAGAAAAAUACUGGGUGAGUAUAAACAAUAACAGGUUACAAUGAAAUCCAGACAGUUACAAGGCUGAGUCGUAUUUAUUGGCACUGAUAGAUAUUUUUCAUCAGUCUUGGAAGGCUGUGUGUUCUUGCUUUCUACUGGCUAUAAUGUUUUAAACAUUAAGAACUUAAAUUUAAAUUAAAAUAUUACAAAUGUAUCACUCUCCUCUUACGUUGUAUCUGCAGGUUUCAAGACAGCACUUAUUUGACCCUUACUCAUAAGACCCAACUUAUAUUCUGAGACUUUUUGCAAUUAAGGGCCGAUGUCAAAUCUCCCAUGUAUUUCUAUCCAGCUCUCAAUCUUCUACUGCUUAUCUGAGUUCGGGUUACGGAGGCAGUUGCUUGAGCAGAGACACCCAGACUUUCCUUUCCCUACCCACUUCAUCCAGCUUGAGAUAUUGAGGCAUUCCCAGGCCAGCCAAGAGAUGCAGUCUCUCGAGCGUGUCUGGGGUCAUCCAUGGGGUCUCCUACCAGUGGGAUGUGCCCAGAACACCUCACCAGAGAGGCGUCCAGGACCAUCUGAAUUUGAUGCCCCAGCCAUCUCAUUUUGCUCCUCUCAAUGUAGAGGAGCAGCGGUUCUACUCUGACCACCCCCGGAUGACCGAGCUUUUCACCCCUAUCCUUAAGGGAGAGCCUGGACACCCUGCCGAGGAAACUCAUUUUGGCCACUUGUAUCCGGGAUCUUAUCCUUUUGGUCAUGACCCAUAGCUCAUGGCCAUAGGUGAGGGUAGAAAUUUAAAUCGAAUGGUAAACGGAGUGCUUCUCCUUUUGACCUAGUUUGGACUUCCCAAUGGACACUCCUCUCCAGCACCCCUUAAUAGACCUUACCAUAUGGGCUUAGGAGUGUACUCCCCCUGUAGUUUGAACACACCCUCUGGUCUCCCUUUUUUAAGAAGGGGGACCAACACCCCAGUCUGUCAAUCAAGAGCCACUGUCCCCAUAAUCCACGUGAUGUUGCAGAGACAUGCAAUCAGGACAGACUCACAACAUCCAGAGCCUUUAGGAACUCUAGGUGAAUCUUAUCCCCCCUGGGCCCUUGCUAACACAGAGCCUUGUGACCUCAUCCCCCAAAUAAUUAAAAAAAAAAACUUAACAUGAUGUUGUAUCUAUUUUCUGUCAAAUUCUAAUUACCGUAAUUUCUCAGGUAUAAUGUAAAGUAUAAUGUGCACCCCCAAAGUUGACCUAAAAAAUCAGGAAAACCCUUCUACCAAUGUACAAUGCGCACCACCAAUUUACUGCUGUCCAUAUGCUCAAAAUAUUGGGAAUUAUCUGUAUUUAUAUUUUAUAUUUUUAAUAUUUAUAUUUUGUUAGGUUUGUACUUAUGUUUGUUUUUCCAAAUUUGUCUUGACAACAAUCAUUAAUAAUAAUCAUUGUGCACGUGCUGAUGUAGCCGUAAUAUAAUCUCGGCACAGGCCAUAUGACGCAGUUGACCUGGUCCCUGUAAUUGUCAGAACAGAAUCCCUCAACUAACUAAAAUAAAUGCUCAAUGAUGGCAUAACAUUUUAUUAAUACUGUUGAUAACACAUAUAUUACAGUCUUUAAUAAAUAUUUAACACUGUUUGACUGAAACAUUUUUUGGAUUCAAUAUUUGUGUAUAAAACAUUCGUGUGUUGUGCGCUUUAUCCUCUACAUUACACAUCCUUGGCCAAGACUUCAAAAGCAACAUCUGGCUCAUCUCCAAUCUGAAAAAUAUCCAUCGUAGCUACCUUUGGUGACUUGGUCCAGUUCUGAUGCCUCCUGAAUUCAUGAACACUGAUCCUAUUUUGCUCCCACAGCAUG